CAUAAUAAUGUAUUGAAAUACAUGCGAACUAUUUUAAAAUAGGUGAAAUAAGUGCGAUCAUAAUAUGGAGUGCACAUUGGUAUUAUAAAACUGCUGUUUAUAUUCUUUACGACGAUCAUUGUAAAUUUAUAACUUUACAAUGCGUUUACCCGGAGGAGUGAACUCAAGUCUUUAUAUAUAGUGUCUUCAGAGAGGAUUCGAUACUGGCAGUGAGGCAUGGACGUUCAGGACAUAACUACCGUGUUGGUAUUCCUUGUUACCUUCCUGCUUGCGUACCUGGCCACCAGGCGGCGGCGCGGCGUUCCGCCGGGGCCCCCGCUUUUUCCGAUCGUGGGAAACCUUCCGCAGCUGGCCUCCAGAGACGUCCUAGGUCGGCUGAAUGGAUUCCGUAAAACAUAUGGGGACAUUUUCGCAUUGUAUGUAGGCAGUGAAUUAACAAUAUUCUUGAACGGCUACGAUGCGUUAUACAAGACGUUGGUUAAGAACGGGACUCUGUUUAACGCACGUCCGCGGUCGGGAUUUGAUGCACUGGUCGUGAAAAACCCGGGAAUCAUCAUGGCACAUGACCAGCUGUGGAAAGAACAAAGACAGUUCAUACAAGCAGCUAUCCAUCGGGUGUGCAUGAACAACAGCGGGGAGGCUCUUGAGAAUUUAGUGCAUAGGGAGGUGGACGCUCUUGUUGAAGAAAUUGGAGAAAUCGACGGCCAGUUUGAUAUUAAAGAUUUCAUAAAUGUUGCAAUAGCUAACGUGACCUGCACAUUUCUUUAUGGUACGAGGUUCAAUUUUGGGGACAGUGGGAUUUUGCGCGCAAUGUCGACAUUACGUGACAGUACGGAAGAUACAAUGACUGUCACCACGUUAUGUAACUGUUUCCCCGCUCUAGGUAAACUACCGUUCGAUAUCGUUGGUGCAAAGAAAAUUAUCGUACGGUACCACAAGGUUGUGGACUAUUUGAGACAAUUUCUCCCCAAAUCAGAGGAAGAAGAGACAAAGGGUGAACCGACCGUAGCGAACAUGUACCUGGAUAAGGUAGUGGAGUGCGUGCGGGAUGGCAGAAAGAAUACUUUCACGCACCAGCAGAUGGAGAUAACCCUUUUCGACAUGUUUGGUGCUGGUACGGAGACUUCCGCUAAUACGAUCCGUUGGGGUCUGCUCUACCUCACACAGAACCUGGACGUGCAGGAGCGCAUGUUCCAUGAGAUAUCCGGCGUCCUAGGAAACAAGCAGCCGUCGUAUGCUGUUCGAAACCAGCUACCGUACUCUCACGCGGUACAGCUCGAGGUUUUGAGAUGUCGAACCGUCGCACCGCUCGGUGUACCUCACUCGGUGAGACGCGACGCGAUUAUAGACGGCUUCCUGUUUCCAGAGAACUGCACGGUCAUGACGAACCUACACUCCGUUAACGUGGAUUCAAACCUCUGGCAGGACCCGGAUCUCUUCCACCCGGAGAGGUUUCUGAACGAAGCUCUGGAUGAGGUCAUCGUGCCCAAACAUUUCAUUCCAUUCUCCGUUGGGCCGCGGUCAUGUCUCGGGGAAACUAUCGCCAGAGUCGAGAUUUUCAUAUUUCUCGUUACGCUUGUGCAGCAUUUCAAAAUUCUGCCAGUAAAAGAAGGGUUUUCUCCUGAUAUGAAUGGGUCCUUAGGGUUAACUUGGGCCCCAGAAAACUUUAAGAUUAUAAUUGAAAAACGAAAACACUGACUUUCAUAUAUUAGACAUUUUUCGAAAGUUUUUUAAAUGAGAUUUUUUUUAUUGACAUUACGGCGAUUGUAUAAUCAUGCAGUCAUGUUAUGUUAUUUCUUUUUAUUAUGUUACAAGUUUCUUGUAAAUAGAACUGUCACCUUUAUAACGAAAUUUUAAAUAGCCCAGGGAAGGAUCCAGGAUUUUGACGUUAGAGGGGCGUAACUGAGGGGCGUAACAUUUUGACCUGCACCCCUCCCUUAUCUUAAAUCGAAAUAUAUAUGGUUCAAAGUGUUGGUACGGGGAUUUGGGGGUACUCCUCCAUUUUUAUUAACAAUAUCCAGUCCUAAAUGGUGCAUUUUGUGCGCAUUUACUUUGAAUCCUAUUUGUCUCCUCUUUUGAAAUUAAAAGUAAUUUUGGACGAUUUUGACGCGUUGUAUUCACUGAAUCCGCUAGUGAAUACGUAUUGUUUACUUUCUGGAAUAGACACAAUAGCUUAUGAUGUAAAUACGGUAUUGUAUGCUGAGAGAGAUAUACCUUGCAUAGAUCCAUACAUGUACAGAAUGUGUAUUACAUACCAGUCAAAAGACAUUUACAAAUAGUUAUGGCAAAUUUGAUUUUAUACACGUUUUUACUAUUUUGUGAAAAAAAAUGA